GGGCAAGCAGCAUGCCCGGGUUUACGCCGUUGAUCAGGCCGAGGCAGCACAGCAGCCAGGUACUAUGUCAGGGAUGGUUGUUCUCAAUGAUAUUCCUGUGUUCGCUUUAUUCGAUACUGGAGCGACACAUACUUUCAUUUCACGACGAUGUCUCGAUGCCAUCGGAGUUCACGCCGUUACCGCUGUCGAUCCUCUCGAGGUGAGUUUAGCCUCGGGACGAAAGAUAGUGACCUCAGCUAAAGCCUCAGAUCUUAGCCUUUCCAUUGGUGGCCGAGCAUUAACUUCCGACGCGUUUGUUCUCGAGAUGAGGGACUUCGACCUUAUUCUCGGAAUGGAUUGGCUAUCCUUCUAUCAUGCAGUCAUCAGGUGUCAUGACCGGGAGAUCACUCUCUAUCUUUCGGGAGACGAAUCGAUCACUUUCUUCGGUUCCAGGAAUCGUUCACUGCCUUAUGUUGUUUCGAUGGCGAAAGCCACUAAGCUACUGCGACGAGGCAACUGCCAGGGUUAUCUGGUGAGCCUUGUCGACGAUUCUCAGAAAGCGCGAUCACCUCAUGAUGUUCCAAUCGUUCGCGAGUUUGUGGACGUGUUCCCAGACGAGCUUCCAGGAGGACCGCCUAAUCGGCAGGUGGAGUUCUCUAUCGAUCUUAUUCCAGGGGCCGGUCUAGUAUCCAAAGCCCCGUAUCGUAUGGCGCCUAAGGAGUUGCAGGAGCUUAAGACGCAGAUUCAGGAACUGCUACGACUCGGUUUUAUCCGACCGAGCGUGUCACCAUGGGGAGCACCCAUUCUCUUUGUUAAGAAGAAGGACGGAUCCAUGCGCAUGUGUAUCGACUACCGGGAUCUUAACCGGUUGACGAUCAAGAACAAGUAUCCGCUUCCCAGGAUCGACGACUUAUUUGAUCAGUUGAGGGGAGCCUGUGUGUUCUCGAAGAUUUACUUACGAUCAGACUACCACCAGCUGAAGAUUAAGGAGUCAGAUAUCGCUAAGACCGCUUUCAGGACUCGUUACGGCCAUUACGAGUUCGUCGUCAUGCCUUUCGGUCUCAGCAAUGCGCCAGCUGUUUUCAUGGACCUCAUGAACCGUAUUUUCCAUCCCUACCUCGAUCAGUUCGUUAUUGUCUUUAUUGACGAUAUUCUUAUCUACUCGAAGAGCCAGAAGGAGCACGAGGAGCAUCUGAGGGUGGUUCUCGAAACCCUCAGACGAGAAAAGUUGUACGCAAAAUUCUCCAAAUGCGAGUUCUGGCUCCAGCGAGUAUCCUUUCUGGGUCAUGUGAUUACUCAGGCAGGUAUUGAGGUGGAUCCUUCCAAGGUCGCAGCCGUUCAGAAUUGGUCGACACCGAGGAGUCCGUCCGAGGUUCGCAGUUUUCUCGGUCUACCUGGUUACUAUCGCAGGUUUAUCGAGGGUUUCUCCAAGAUCGCCCUCCCUCUAUCCCAGCUGACGAGGAAGUCUGUGAAGUUCGAGUGGACUGAUCGUUGUGAGGCAAGCUUUAUGGAGCUCAAGUGGAGGUUAACUUCAGCACCGGUGUUGACUAUUCCCGAUCCUUCUUGGAGUUUCACUAUCUUCAGCGAUGCUUCGAGACAGGGCUUGGGAUGUGUCCUUAUGCAGGACAGCCAGGUCGUUGCAUACGCUUCACGUCAGCUUAAGCCUCAUGAGCAGAACUAUCCGACGCACGACUUGGAGUUAGCAGCAGUCGUUCAUGCCCUCAAGAUAUGGCGACAUUAUCUUUACGGCGGACGUUCCGAGAUUUUCACAAACCAUAAGAGCCUGCAGUAUAUCUUCACGCAGAAGGAGCUCAAUAUGAGACAGCGCCGUUGGCUCGAACUUGUCAAGGAUUAUGACUGCUCUAUUCAGUAUCAUCCGGGAAAGGCGAACGUCGUCGCAGAUGCCCUAAGCCGAAAGGUGAAGGGUGACUUGACGUACGUCAUUACGCAGCAGA